CGGGGAGAGCGCGCGGCGGAAAGGAGAGGCCGGCGGCUGACCUCAGCGCCUGGGAGCGGCCAAGCAGCGGAUCACGCGGCUGCUCAAUAAAAGCGCGCGGAGAGGCGCCGGCUGCCGAGUGCGCGCAGUUUGGUCUUGGGCUGGCUUCAGGUUUCGGGGUUCGUAGCCCGCCUCGACGUGUAGGGGAUUUUGGGUUUAGGGCUACCGGGCGAGCGAAGCUUAGCAGCAGCGGUAGCAGCAGCCGUCGAAGAAGAUGCUGUUUUGGCACACGCAGCCGGAGCAUUACAACCAGCACUCGACAGGCAGCUACCUGCGUGAUGUCCUCGCGCUCCCAAUCUUUAAACAGGAAGAGCCUCAACUCUCCCCUGAGAAUGACACAAAACUCCCUCCAUUUCAGUAUGUGCUCUGUGCGGCCACAUCCCCUGCUGUGAAGCUUCAUGAGGAGACACUGACUUAUCUAAACCAAGGUCAGUCUUAUGAAAUCCGUCUACUUGAGAAUAGGAAAUUGGGAGAGUUUCAAGAUUUAAACACAAAAUAUGUAAAGAGCAUCAUUCGUGUGGUUUUCCAUGAUCGCCGUCUGCAGUACACGGAGCACCAGCAGCUCGAAGGCUGGAGGUGGAGUCGGCCAGGAGAUCGCAUCCUUGACAUAGAUAUCCCACUGUCAGUCGGCAUCCUAGACCCCAGAGCCAGCCCCACACAGCUGAAUACAGUAGAAUUUUUGUGGGAUCCCUCUAAGAGAGCAUCAGCAUUCAUUCAGGUGCAUUGUAUUAGUACAGAAUUUACUCCAAGGAAACAUGGGGGAGAGAAAGGCGUACCCUUCCGGAUACAAAUGGACACCUUCAAACAGAAUGAGAAUGGCGAAUACACAGACCACUUGCAUUCUGCAAGCUGCCAGAUCAAAGUCUUUAAGCCUAAAGGAGCAGAUAGGAAACAGAAAACAGACAGAGAAAAAAUGGAGAAGAAAACUACUCAAGAAAGGGAGAAAUAUCAGCCAUCCUAUGAUACAACCAUUCUGACAGAGUGUUCCCCGUGGCCAGAUGUGCCUUAUCAAGUGAACAACGCUCCGUCUCCAAGUUACAACAGCUCUCCAAACAGUUUCAGCCUUGGAGAUGGCAACAGUUCUCCAACUCACCAGGCGGAGCUCCUGCCUCCCAGCAAUGACCAUCUCCUUCCCUCUGCUUCUAUUCAAGAUGCUCAGCAGUGGCUUCAGCGAAAUAGGUUUAGUCCAUUCUGUAGACUCUUUUCAAGUUUCUCAGGUGCCGACUUAUUGAAGAUGUCCAAAGAUGACCUUAUUCAGAUUUGUGGCCCAGCUGAUGGUAUUCGACUUUAUAAUGCCAUUAAAGGAAGGAACGUAAGGCCCAAGAUGACCAUUUAUGUAUGUCAGGAACCUGAGCAAAACCGGUCUCACCUUCAUCAAAAACGAGAGAAUGGAGAUGCUAAUCUGUGUAUAUACCAUGCUAUCUUCUUAGAAGAGCUGACAACAGUGGAAUUGAUGGAGAAGAUUGCAAACUUGUACAGUAUUUCCCCACAGCAGAUAAACCGAAUCUAUCGGCAAGGACCUACAGGGAUCCAUGUAUUGGUGAGCAAUGAGAUGGUACAAAACUUUCAAGAUGAAUCUUGUUUUGUCAUCACGACGUUAAAAGCUGAAAGUAAUGAUGGCUACCAUAUCAUUCUGAAAUAACCCUCUUCUAUGUAUGUUGGGACUUACAACAUUAUGAUGCCUCACUGCAACCCAGACUGAAAAGAUGGAAAACUCAUUUGUAUAAAAGUGUUCUUAUUAACUGAAUGCCCUAGCAGAAAAAUUAAAGUGUGUAAAUUUCAGAGUGUUGGGGACUAGACGUGGUCUUCGGAGUUCAUCUGAUUAUUGUUUUGAAUUGCCUUUCCUUUUUAGAACUACCUGUAUGCAUUUUUGUUCAUUGUUCAAAACCAUGUGCCUUAUUAAAACAAAAACAACUUAAUAUGAAAA